AUGGAAGCGGAUUCAUCUAUCCUGGGCGAGUUGGAGGAUCAGGUCACCUGUUGGAUCUGCUUCGAAGUGUUCGACGAACCGGUCACGCUGAACUGUGGACACUCCUUUUGCAAGGAAUGUUGCAUCAAGCUGUACAAGAAGAACCCGCUAUGCGCCUUCUGUAGACGCGAGUUCGGUCUGCCCAUUCCCGGCCUUGCCACCCUGGCGACGAACUACAAGUUGCAGCAGGAGGGCGGCGGCGGUGGAACCAUGGACACCGGCCUCAACAUCGAGCAGGAGUCGAUCUGGUUCGACAUGCCGAACGAGGUGCUGGCGGACAUCUUCAUGCAGCUGCCGCCCCGCGAUCUCGGCCGUCUCGGCCUGGUGUGCCACCUCUUCAAGGACGUCUCUGAGGACAACUGGAUCUGGCGUGGGAUCUGCAAGGAGCGCUUUCCCUUCGUUCAGGUGAGCCGCUACGGCAACAGCUGGAAGCGCUGCUACGCGGCCCGCCACAAGAUGCAGAACGGGUGGGAGGGCGGCAGGCCCGGCGACUUCAAGAUGACGCCCCUGCGUGCCCACAAGAACUACGUCAGCGCCUUCGAUUACUACCGCAACAACGUCGUCUCGGGCUCCGCCGAUUCGUCCCUUCAGAUCUGGAAUGUGACCCAGACCAAGCCCCUCCACGCCCUCAAUGGACACAACGGCGUCGUGGAGGCCGUCAAGUUCAACGAAAUCAGGAUCGUCUCCGGCGCCACCGACAACACCGUCCGCGUGUGGGACACGACCACGGGCACGAGCACGUUGACCCUCAACCACACCGGGACCGUCCGCACCCUUCAGUUCAAUGAGAGCACCAUUAUCUCCAGCGGUGACGAUCGCACUGUGAAACUGUGGGACGUGAGGUCGGGUACGGCGCAGAGGUCGCUCGCGGGCCACCAGCAGGCGGUCUUCAUGGUCGACCUGGCCGGCGACCGUCUCAUUUCCGGCGGUGGCGACGGCGUCCGCGUUUGGGACAUCAAGUCGGGCGCCUGCGUGAGGCACCUGCAGGCCGGCACGGUCAUGCACGCGCAGCCUGCCGGACCCAACGAGCUGGUGACGGCCGAGAACGACGGGUCGGUCCGCAUCUGGAACGUUGCCACGGGCCAGAGCCUUCAUCACUUCCCCGGCCGCUGGGGCCUCCAACCGACGUGCCUCCAAGCCGAUGGAGACACGAUCGUGGUGGGCACGAACACGAACGAGCUGCGCGUGUUCGACCAGAAGAAGCGUCAGAGCCUGCCCAACCUGAACGACCACACGGCGGCGGUGAACGGCUGCCAGCUCGACGGGCAGCGCCUGGUCUCGUGCUCGGCCGACAACACCAUCAAGGUGUGGGACCUCAAGACCGGCAAGCGGCUCUACUCGCUCCUGGGCGGGUCCCUCCAGGAGCGCGCCGGCAACCCGCCGCACCCCUCCAGCGGCCUCAAGUUCGACGAGGGUCGCAUUGUGGGCGCGUUCAAUGCCCUUCUCAGGGUCUACUCCUUCACCGGCGAAGACGCCAAGUGA